UGGCCAGCCCCGGAAACCCGCGGCCAGGGAGGGGUGGGGGAGAUAGCGGCGGCAGCGGCCCCUGCCCGGAGAGACAGCGGGGCGGGCGGGCGGGCGGGCGGGAGGGAGCCGGGGGGACGGCCCCGCCGUUCCUACCGCUAUGGGCCCAGCCUUCCACUCCCACCUCCCCUCCAUCGGCCGGGGCUAGGAUACCCCCAAGUCCUGUCGCCCCCUUGGCACCGACACCCCGACCGAGACAGAGACACAGCCUGCCGCCACCACCGCCGCCGCAGCCUGGCUGGGGAGGGGGCCGGCCCCCCAGGCCCCCCACCCCUUGAGGUGGCCAGGAUGGAGCUGUGGCCAGGGCCGUGGACAGCGCCGCUGCUGCUGCUGCUGCUGCUGCUGCUGCUCCUGCUGCCCACCCUGUGGUUCUGCGCCCCCAGUGCCAAGUACUUCUUCAAGAUGGCCUUCUACAACGGCUGGAUCCUCUUCCUGGCCGUGCUGGCCAUCCCUGUGUGCGCCGUGCGUGGACGCAACGUGGAGAACAUGAAGAUCUUGCGCCUGAUGCUGCUCCACAUCAAAUACCUGUAUGGGAUCCGAGUAGAGGUGCGGGGGACUCACCACUUCCCCCCCUCGCAGCCCUAUGUCGUGGUCUCCAACCACCAGAGCUCCCUGGACUUGCUUGGGAUGAUGGAGGUCCUGCCAGGCCGCUGCGUGCCCAUUGCCAAGCGCGAACUGCUGUGGGCGGGUUCUGCCGGGCUGGCCUGCUGGCUGGCCGGAGUCAUCUUCAUCGACCGGAAGCGAACGGGGGAUGCUAUCAGUGUCAUGUCAGAGGUGGCCCAGACCCUGCUCACCCAGGACGUGAGAGUUUGGGUUUUUCCCGAAGGAACAAGAAACCACAAUGGCUCCAUGCUGCCCUUCAAACGUGGCGCCUUCCAUCUUGCAGUCCAGGCCCAGGUUCCCAUCGUGCCCAUAGUCAUGUCCUCCUACCGAGACUUCUACUGCAAGAAAGAACGCCGCUUCACCUCAGGGCGGUGUCAGGUGCGGGUACUGCCACCAGUGCCCACAGAAGGGCUGACGCCGGAUGACGUCCCUGCUCUGGCUGACGGAGUCCGGCACUCCAUGCUCACCAUCUUCCGGGAAAUCUCCACCGAUGGCCGGGGAGGUGGUGACUGCUUGAAGAAGCCCGGAGGCUUGGGCGAGGCCCGGUCUUGAGCUCCUACCCACCUGUCCUCCUCUUCCUCCUUGUCCCCACCAACCCAGUGGCCCUGAGGAGGCCAGCCCCACUUCCUCCAUUCAUUCUCCCUUUGCUGUCCUUUCAGUCCUUGACUUCUGAAGUGAACGUGGACACAGUAGUUCCCCCCACCCCUCCUGCCCCUGUGGGCUCCCCUGCCUCACCGCAGUCCCCACUGACCCCCACCUCCCUCCAUCUUGUCUGUGGCCGCCCUCCCAAUCGUUGGGUGGCUCACCCGCCACAGGGUGGAGAAUGGUCCAUCUUUUUCCUUCCCUGGUGGACUCACCCUUUGCCUUCCCCCAACUCCACUCCACACGGGCCAGUGGACUCAUCGUUCUGUGGAGCAAUCCACCCCUUCCCCGGUGCGUGGAGGACACUCAGCCUGGGAAGCUGCCUUGACACCUUCACACUCCUGCCGGGCACUCCGCCAGUGAGGCCAGACUCUUCUAACUUGAGGGUCUCACCCCUGCCCUUGCCAGGCGCCCAGUUCGGUCUCCGAGCUCCCACUUCCCUAGUCCGUGGUACAAUUCUCCUGUGGUCCAGACCCACCUAGCCCCCAGUGCCAUCUGCCCAGACUGUGGGGAGGCGGCAGACCUCGGGUGCUGUGCUCACUGCUCCUGGGGACCUGGGAAAAGACCUGGACCCGGCUGGAGGGGCCAGAGGGCAUUUAAUUUAUUUUUAUUUGUUUUGAGGCUUCCCCCUCGGAGCCGGCUUUCAUGUCCCAGAAGUGGCAUUGCCCAUCCCAGCCUCCCCCUCCAGACCUGUUCCUGCAACCAGGAGGUGGGCUGGGAACACAGGAGAGGGUGGGGCCCAAUUCUGUGUAGUUGGUUUUUAUUAAUUAUCUGGAUAACAGCAAGCAAGCAAGAAUAAAGAGAGGAAAAUGUG